AUGAGAGAGGCGUUUUUGUCCGAGAGGCCGAGAGAGCUCCGUCCGUGUGUCGUGCCUGCGAGGCCGAGACUCGAGCGCGCUGGCUCCAGGCUCACAACCUACUUGUGUCCGAUUCGAGCUCCACAUCUUCCAAGGCGCUCGCGCAGGAGCAGUUACGAUGCAACGGAUGAUUGUUGCUUGUUGCGCCCCGUGAUUCUUUUGCUUCUCUCUCCGCCGUGCAGGAGGCGCUUGUGGCGUCCGUGUCGCGAGCAACGCAAUCGGAGUUUGGGGAGACGGUGAAUCGCGCCGGGACGAGGCGGAGGGCGUGGAUGAGUGGAUUGGUUGGGUUGGGCCGGGGAGGGGCUGUGUGAUCGUUGAAGGGAUCAGUGGAUUCGACCCGAUUCUCACCAAGGGGCCAAAGAAAGGGUUUAGUUUAGGGCGAAGGAUGGUGGUGCUGGCGUUGGCAGGGUAGGUCGACUAACGGGCACCACGACUGUGAGGAGGGGAGGGCAGGGGAGGGGACGGAGGGACGGACGAGGACGAAGACGAGGGACAGGUGAAUGAAGAGGAUUCUGCUGCAGGCGAGGAUUGCGAGAGGAGGAGGAGGAGGAGGAGGAGGAGAAGCGUGUGAAAGCAGAAGCGUAACAUUCUGCAAGUAGCCAGCCGGUUGUAGCGUGUUCGCGACCGGUGCUGAAGAGGGGGACCGGUGUGGCCGGGAGGGGAAGAGCGGAGAGUGAAGGAGAAUUUCGCAGGAAAAUCGACUCGAGUUCAUAGGUCGCGAUCAAAUGAAACCUGCAGGUCGCGCUCGAAGCAUUGAACUUUUUGGGCGAUCAUAAUUUCCAUGAGCCGGUGCUAUGUUCUCAAGAACUUUGCCCAAGCCGUCUGCACUUGUGUGGUUGGUUAUGGCAGUAUUCUUCGGUGCGCUAGUCUUGAUGUCCGAUCUUGUGGUAUAAUCCGUGGUUGAUCUCUUCAUCCGUGUGCCAACAUGGAUUCUCCGUGGGGAGAAAACACUGCAUCGAGUAGCACGUUUCAACUGAAUGUGUCUAGUCUAGGAGCAAUCAAGCUUAAGGAUGCGGUCAAGGCCAAGCUUUCGGAGUUCAUGGGCAGCUACACCGAUGAUGUGCUGGCGGAGUACGUGGUUGUCUUAGUUGGACAUGGCAAGCGUCAGUCACAAGCCAUUGCAGACCUGGAAGCAUUUCUUGGCGAUCAGAGCGAGGCGUUUGUGUCCUGGCUGUGGGAACAUUUGUUUGCAAACCAGUCUUCAUACGUUGACGAACCAUCAUUGCCUGCCGCUAAAAUCACAUUAGCAGAGAACGGGACGACUUCUUUCGACAACAAGUUUGCUUCGAGAGACGAACAAGCUUCUUCACAGCGGGGAGAAUCGGGCAAAAUGUUGGCGUCCGUCAUUGAGACAAUCAGUACGUCUGCCAAUGAGAUGCCCGUCAGGGAUGGCAAGGAUUCAGAGCAAGCAGCUCUAUUGAAAGGUGGGAAUGAGCCUCAAGUGCUGAACGGUUCAUCUCGAAGGGCCAAGAAAGAUACUCAGGGUUACCAUAAUGAAGAUGAUGCACUUGAUGCACUUGAUGAUGACGAAGAGCAGAUUCGGGACCACACACGAGCCUCGGAUGUCAAACGAACGCGUUCUCCAGAGCCGUGGUCUCGGAGAGGGAGAGGGCGAGUUGAAGAGAGACAACUACACAAGAGAGACAGCUCACCUCCAAAUGUCAAAGCACCGCGGCGAUUGUUGGAAUCCGCAGUGAGAGAUGCAGUUGCCCCAGGGGGGGUGAUAAACACUGGCAGUUCUUCCAGGAGAACUGAGUCAGGAUACAAACGUUUGCGCUCUGUUGUCUCGGCAGAUGUCGAUACUGCAGAAUUACUAGCUGAAUCUAAUGGGCGGCAUCAGCAGAUGAAGCCUCGUCUGGAGCUCGCUAAGAAAGGCUCCAAGGUCUCUCCAGCUGUAGCUGUAGCUAUGAAAGCAGCUGCGGCGGCCGCUGAAGAUGUCAAUAACAAUGUUGGAAAGACCAGCAGAGGAAGGCUUACUGCAAGUGUCUGGGAAAGAUUGGGAAAUAGGAGUAGUGAAAAAUCUGGUGUGAGAGACGAAGAUACUCAGGAGCCAGUGAUGCUUGAUGUAGAUAAUACAGAAGCUGUGGAGGAUAGAUGGAUAGAUGCAAAACAUGGCGGCAGCGAGGAAACCCGCCUCGGCAAGAGGCCGAAGUGGAGGAAAAUGUCAGAGAGAUUGGGAAGAGGUCCAAUAGAUGCCGAGGAUGGAAACAAUUUUCCUUCUGAUUUGGCUCCUGCUGCGACUGGCGGGUAUUACAAAAAUAAAAAGAUCAUUGAGAAUCAUUGGCCUGCUUCGACAGCUUCAAGCCUUGGUUUCUUUGAAGAUAGAAGUGGAAGAGAGGACGAUCUUGAAGAUGCUGUAAACCACGAAGAUGGAAGGCCUUUUAGAUAUGGAUCCUCUAGAGGCGUCUCAGGACAUGGCCUCCGUAGCUGUGAAGAUGCUGGAAAUGUUCAUCUCAGACAGGGAUACAAUCAUGAGGACAAGGCAUUACACGUGUUACAGCAGAAGGGCAUGUCUGGUUCCUCAAAAAUUGUUAACCUGUCAGAAAAACUGUCAAAUAACCUUUCAGAUGUCAAUAUAGAUAAGGAACAAUCUGAUGAUGUAGAUACCGCUCCUGACUUGCGUCAGGAGCUUCUCUCGAAACUCUCAAAGAGUUUGUCUGCGAUAGAGAGAACAGCGCCUCCAAGCUCUGGUGUGGUAGACACCAAUGAUGUGACAGAAAUGAAGAAGAGGAUGCGGCAAGUGCAACUCGAGAUGACGAAAUUGCGUGCAAAGCAGGCGGAAGUAUCCAAAGAGGUCCAAAAGGUGGUCAGUGCUCCAGGCUCAGGUCUCAAAGUGGUGAGGUCACAAGAGGAGAUCAACGCCCAUUCUGUUUGUGUUUCCAACAUACAUUUUGCUGCAACCAAGGAAGCCAUCGCGGCCCACUUUAGUCCUUGUGGAGACAUUGUGCGUGUAACAGUGCUAAUGGAUACUGCCACGGGAAAGCCAAAAGGGUCGGCAUACGUGGAAUUUGCCCAAAAAGAAGGCGUGGAGAAAGCCAUGAAUAUGAAUGAUUCGUCUCUGCUUUCUAGAACUUUGAAGGUCAUGCGAAAGGAUGCUGCCGACGCACUCUCUCCCGCAACGGCUGUUCGCCCUGCCCAUGGUCCUCCUUUUGUAUCUGUGAGGGCUCCUCCUAUUGGAAAUUUCUUGAGAGGACCCCCUCCUAUAAUGAGGAGACCUCCCAGCCUGUCAAGACCUUUUUCUGGAAGUGCACAUUUGCAGUGGAAACGAGAAACGUCUGCGCCUAGUCCGGGAACAAAUGGGGCUCCAAACUUUGGGCAGAGUACUGGGUCAUCUGUCUCCACCCCUGGUCGGGUGGCACCUAUUAGGAGCCCCAAUUCUUCAGCGAUGGGGGACAGAUAUGGUCACGGUCCAAUUCGUAUGACCAGAUCCUUGUCCUAUGUACGCCCAGCUCCAUAUACACCUCGAGACACCCCUCCCGCAGUACAAGAACAGAAGGUCGCAAAUUAGAUAAUGUAAUUUUUAAAAGGGUUACUUUCUUGCUUUUGACUGACUCUUCAGAGCACUGUAUCUACUGAUGAUAUUUCUGGGCUUCAGCUACAUACAAUUUUGCCAGAUCAGCUCUCAACUUAUGUUCACAUAGUUUGGCACGGAUGUGGUGAGCGAAUCGGUCAGUGAAGCAUCAUUUGGUCAGCUUCUCACUCGCAGAUCGUACGAUUCAGUCGUUUGCUGAAGUUUGGCUCAUCACAACAUCCAUUCGUUCUUGGCCUUCAACGUUGUUCUCACUCUGUUGGUGUAUAUGCAAAGCUCAGCCCGAUGUGAAUGACACUAGCGGGUGGACCAUUCAAUAAACAUGAGGUUGCAGAGCAUUCUUCAAGCACUGGUGAAAAUUGUGUUGUCCAUACAAAUGUCGGCUUUUGUUUUUUUAUGUAAAGCUGUGAAGGUUUUUCAUUGACCUCUACUAGAACUGGCUGCAUAGAAUAAUCAUAUGAACC